AUGGACGACUUAAACCAAACUUCACCAGACAUAUUCAUCCUACUUGGAUUAUCUGAUGUCCCUUACCUCCAGGUUAUCUGUUUCCUCAUGUUCUUGUUGAUGUAUAUUUGCACUGGUGUGCAUAACAAUAUUACCAUGUUAUCGGGAAAUCUUCUAAUGAUCAUUAUAGUGAGGAUCAGCCCAAAACUACACAAUCCCAUGUAUUUCUUCCUGAGUAACCUCUCUACUAUUGAUGUAGGCUUCUCCUCUUCCACAGUUCCCAUAAUCCUAAAAAAUACCAUAUCCAAGGAUAGGAGCAUUUCCCUAUUAGAAUGUGCAAUACAAAUGUACUUCAAUUUAGCAUUAGGGGUAGCAGAAUGUAUAAUGCUGGCGGUCAUGGCCUACGAUAGGUUUGCUGCCAUCUGUAAGCCGUUGUACUAUAACAUCAUCAUGACCAAGAAAUUGUGCUUUUGUUUAGCUGCUGGGUCAUGGAGUGUGGGCUUCAUCAACUCCAUCAUUCAUGUGGCCCUCACAUUCCAACUGCCAUUCUGCAGGUCCCACCAUGUCAACCACUUCUUCUGUGAGGUACCACCAUUCCUGAGAUUGUCCUGCGGUGAUACUCUGCUCAAUGAGAUAGCAGUGUAUAUCUCAGCAGUGAUUAUUGCUGUAAGUGCUUUCUUGUUGACUCUUAUUUCCUAUGUCCAUAUUAUCUCUACCAUCUUGAAGAUCCGCUACUCCCAAGGGAGGUAUAAAGCUUUCUCAACCUGUGCAUCCCAUCUCAUUGUUGUAACCCUCUUCUAUGGGACAUCUAUAGUCCUGUAUCUUCAGUUCCAAUCCAGUCACUCUCAUGAAAUAGACAAGAUUGUGUCUAUUGUCUAUACAGCAGUGACUCCAAUGUUGAACCCCUUCAUAUACAGUGUGAGGAAUAAGGAUGUGAAAGAAACAAUAAUCAAUAGUCUGAGUAGGAAACAAAAUCUCUGA